CUCCAAUCAAUAACUAGGCUGAGGAUGCUGAGAUAAUCCAGUUCCAUCCACAACACAGAACACAAGAUAGAUAGUUAAGACUAAUCCUCACAUUGCCAUCGGGCCACACAAUGUCGACCGCGCCGAAAUCAAGAUGGGCAGAGGAUGAUGCCGAAACAGAGGCUCUUCUUGCGCAGAAAAGACGAGAAAAGGAGGAGCGGAAACGGAUAAAGGCAGAGAAACAGCGCCAACAAGCGGAGGCUCAGAAACUGCUUGCACAAAAACAUGUGAACCAGAGGGCAAAUGGCUCUUUGCAAGCUCUAGAGGAAGGCAUGAAUGGCGAUGCAGGGAGGCCAACCAAGCGGCGCAGGUUGUCGAAUGAACCAGAAUCACAGCCCGGAAUUACUGUUGAUCAGAAACCUAUUCGCCUGCUACGAUUUCCUGCCCCAGAAUGGGGACCGUGCAGGCAUGUGGACAAUUUCGAACGGCUAAAUCGCAUCGAAGAAGGGUCGUAUGGUCUGGUAUCGAGGGCGAAGGAGCUGGCAACUGGCGAGAUUGUCGCGCUGAAGCGACUGAAGAUGGAACACUGCAACGACGGUUUUCCAAUCACUGGACUGCGAGAGAUCCAGACCCUGCUGGAGUCCAGGCAUACAAAUGUUGUCCAUCUACGCGAAGUUGUGAUGGGCAAUGACAUGGAUGACGUCUACCUCGUCAUGGAUUUCGUCGAACAUGACCUCAAGACGCUCCUCGAGGAUAUGCGCGAGCCGUUCCUACCAUCAGAGACGAAGACGUUACUUCUACAGAUCAUUUCCGCAACGGAAUUCUUACACUCGCAUUGGAUUAUCCACCGCGAUUUGAAGACAUCAAAUUUACUGAUGAAUAAUCGAGGGGAAAUCAAACUUGCGGACUUCGGAAUGGCGAGAUAUUACGGUGACCCGCCACCAAAAUUGACCCAGCUAGUGGUCACCUUAUGGUAUCGCUCUCCGGAGCUUCUACUUGGAGCAGAUAAAUACGGACCGGAGAUCGACAUGUGGAGUAUAGGAUGUAUAUUCGGUGAGCUUUUGACGAAAGAGCCGUUAUUCCAAGGGAAGAAUGAAGUAGACCAACUAUCCAAGAUCUUCGCCCUCACGGGACCGCCGACAACCCAAACCUGGCCCUCCUUCCGUUCCCUGCCCAACGCCAAAUCCCUCCGUCUCCCCACCAGUGGUGCUCCACCCACCACAACCUCAGACGCCAGCAUUCCCCUCCUCCCCCGCUCGAAAUUCCCCUACCUCACCACUGCCGGGCCUAACCCUCCUCUCUCACCUUCUCGUGCUCAAUCCGGCUUCCCGCCCGGACGCUGCAACAUGCCUCUCACACCCGUACUUCGGCGAAGAUCCCAAGCCCAAAGCGAAAGAGAUGUUCCCCACGUUUCCGUCUAAGGGCGGGUAUGGAAAAGAGACGGAGGCGGGAGACGCCGGAGGCGCCGAAGAGAGGGGAGGAGGCGCCUCGGUUGGAUUUUGCGAAUGUCUUUGGAGCAGGCGGUGGUGAUGGGAACGGGUCUGAGGCGGGGGCGGGUUUCGCGUUGCGAUUGGGAUGAUUGGGAUUGUUUCCCUGGAGUAGGUGCCUGGCUUGGACUUCUGGGCUUCAAAAAUUUGAAGGGAGCGAUAUUUAGAAUGGAUUGCGGGAGUAACUGUGACAUAGUGAGAGUUGGGAAUAUCAUUUUGUUUUUUAGGUGGUUCAGAUCUGUGAAUGUAUGCAUGUUUUGUUAUACACACUACUACUGUAUAGCACAUAUAUUAUCUAACAAACAAGUUAGGUAUUUGCAUCCAAUUUAUAUUUCAGAUGUCUGUGUCUGUGCUGGAAAAUAUGACCUUCCUCACUCAUUCAUUCACCAAUUCACUUUACAGGAAACAACGUCCAUUCACUCUGCACAUAUGUAUCAAAAAGAAAAUCAAAAAUGGGGAAGACAUAGAACAUCUCUCAUUAUUUCCAACAUCAUGCUUCCCCUGCCCUCUUUGCACGAUCUCCCGUCAUCAAUACAGGAUGGAAAAGAAAGGCCUGACAGAUACAUAUCGUGCAACUUUGAUUCGUCCUAUCGAUGACUUGGCUCCUGUUCUUCUUCGCUUUCUCUCUCUUCCCCUGAUUAUCUCCCACGCGCGCACACGAGAAGAAUGACCCGGGGAUCGAACAUAGUCGAACAUAGAAGGAAUAAAAUCCCAUCCAGAAGCAUCUUGAACAUAUCCACUCAACCCCUCUAGAGAAAACAAUUGACAUAUGGGGUAUUGUUAUUCAUAAACCUUCUAUUUCGACUUGAAUUGAAAAGGCAUGUCAUUACGUCAUCUUGAGACCACAGACGGUGUAAGGUUAUUCAGAAGCGACGGAAAUGGUUUUUUUUUGCUUCCAUUCCCCAAUUUCAGAACCAGCGUCAUGUUUCCGAUGCAGCUGUUGGCUGACUGGACUGGAUAGGUAGGAGUGCUCCUUUUGCAUGGCAAUAAUAUGUUCAAGGUGCUGCGCAGUGUUGAGACUCCGAGGAGAAGACUGCAUAAAAAUGAUUCUCUAUCGUUGAUACAACAAAAUAAAUAAAUAACAAAAUUAGCAAUGAAAAUUUACAACAAUGGGGGAUAGAAUCCUGAUGGAUACUCAAGCUCAUGGAAUUUUUUCUUUAUUUUGUUUUUAUGGAUUAUAAAAGCCAUCCAUCCAUCCUUUUUUCAAAACAAUCUAAUUUGAAGCGAUG